GGAUUAGCAUCAAUCGGAGCUUGAAAGCGGCCUAAAUUUCGAAUUUGAUUCCCAACGGCCAUGGCUGCUCUCACCACCCAAAUCCCUCGACUCACGCGUCCUAUAUUCGCGCGUACUCCCUAUCCAUUACUGCCGACGCGUCUAUGGGCAUUUGCCGUCCCUUCCCUUCUGACAGGCUCGCGAGCUUGGUCAAUGCCGUCCCUACAGUCUCUCCUUGAGGAGCUCUUCCCUCCAUUCGUCCUUGCCGUACCCAAGAAGAAAACAUCUCACUCUAGAAAAGCCAUGCGAGAAGCUAACAAGGGGUUGAAGGACAAACAAAACAUAGUGCACUGUCCCGGAUGUGGUGCCCCCAAGCUUGCACAUCACUUAUGCAGCAACUGCUAUUCGUUCUUGAGUCGAAUGUGGAAGCAGAUCAAUAGGGAGAAUCCAUUAUGAGACGGCGUUGAGGGAUGGAAUGAGUGCACGCGCAAGAUGGGAACAAUAUUGGGUCGCAGUUUCCGAGCUUUACCAGAGCAGGGAUGAAAUGAAAUUCCGUGUGUUUACAGGACGACACGCAAAGAAACCGACAAGAGUCGUCUACUCCGAGUCGCUACGAGUAUUACAUUAUAUAUAUCACAGAAGCUUUCAGUUUCAAGGGAGAUACAAACAGCAAGAAGUUUC